AUGAACCGACCCGACCUGCACUCGGCCUUCACCAAGAUCAAUCUUUGGAAGCAGACGCAGUUCCGCAAGAUUGUCUACCUGGACGCCGAUGUUGUCGCCUACCGUGCGCCUGACGAGCUCUUCGACAUCCCCCAUGCCUUCUCGGCGGCUCCAGACAUUGGCUGGCCCGACUUGUUCAACACGGGAGUCAUGGUGCUCACCCCAAACAUGGGCGACUUCUACGCCAUGAUGGCCAUGGCCGAGAGGGGCAUCUCGUUUGACGGCGCAGACCAGGGCCUCCUCAACAUGUACUUCAAGAACAGCUACAACCGCCUCAGCUUCGCCUAUAAUGUCACCCCAUCCGCCCACUACCAAUACAUACCCGCCUACAAGCAUUUCCAGUCAACCAUAAAUAUGGUUCACUUCAUUGGCUCUGACAAGCCAUGGGCCCAUGGUCGAAAUAAGUUUACCGGAACGUCGCCCUUUGACGAGAUGGUGGGCAGAUGGUGGGCAGUCUAUGACCGGCACUACCGUCGAGAGGCUACGCCUUCCCAGCCAUCGCAGUCAGCGGAGCCAGAGUCGCCAGUCCCGGAAAUAGUACAGUACUUUGUGAAGGGGGAAUACCAGCCGAAGCUUCGCUACAACGUUCCGGUUGGCCAGCCUCGCCACGACCAAUCCAGUCCCUUUCACGGUCAGCAAUAUCAGCCUCCACCACCUGAUUAUCACCACCCUGUGCAGCCCGAGCAGCAGUAUCCCGCUCAUUAUGAUCACUAUGACCCUCCCCCCCCUCCUGAGCCUCAGCACCACCACCACCAUCAGCAUGAUGGCGAACCGCAUGAUCAGCAUCAUGUGCCGCAACAUCACUAUCAUGAUGAGCAAUCUCAGCCUGGAAGUUCUAUCCAGGAUUCUGAGCACCCGGCCCCCACCCCCAGCGUGUCUUUUCGAUCUGAAGAAGAGACGCAUACUGAGGCUCGAGAAGAGCAGGCACCGGAGCACCAGAACUGGGCUCCCCAGGCACCGCCAUCGGAACCGGAGCAUAAGCCUGAGCCUUACCGACCAGCGCCCGCGGAUAGUUGGGAUGCUCAAAGACAACCUCCUCCGUCCGACUCGAAGCCUGAAGCGUUCAACUUCCCGCAGACACACUACGAGAUGUCGUCCGAUCUCGAUGCAUUUGUUCCUCCUGAGCGGUACCCGAGUCCUCCCAAGGACAUGUGGUACGAGGUUCCCAAGGAGCCUCCAGCCAACCCUCGCGAGAAGCCCAGGCAGAUUUUCCCUUGGGAGUCUCAGCAACCUCGUGCGACUCGAGUCUUUAGACACCAAGAGGAGCCCGAAUCUCCUGUGGCCGCGCCGUCCACGGAGUCGCACCAAGAGACAGAGCCAUCUCUGAUAGAGUCUACGGCGGGACAAAAGAGCGAGCCUCAGACGCCGACUACUCCAACCCUUCAUGCUCCUGCCCCUGUUCCCUGGUCCUCGUUUCCGCGGACGAAUGCUUGGGACGAUGUACCGGAAAUCGGACGGUACGUCGAUGCCAUACAGAAGCAUCGUCGCGGACGAAGCCAAGGGGCAGGGGCUGGCGGCCUUCCCGAGCUUGGCGAAGGCUGGGAAAGAAGAGGCUCUAGGGUGACCGACUUCCCAAGUGAAGACGAUCGACCUAGCCUACCCGUCACUCCUGCACCGAUCCGAAGACAGAGCUUCUGGGGCGGUGGUGGUCCCGGGCUUGGUCUGGACGGCGAGGACGACGAGGGACAGCUGCCGGCCGCAGAGGGCGUGCCAGCGCAGUCUGACUGGGUAUGUGUGCAUGGACGCUGGUGGACUCCUGCAGACUGCCUUUGCGAUCUAACUAACAUCCUUCGCUACUACAAGGAUCCCGUGGCGCAACUUCAAAAGCUGGCCAAACAGCAGUCUGAGGCACUGCUGCAGCGGCUCGGCGGGAGUGGUGCGCUGGGGGACGACGUCAUUGGUACUGAAGGCAAAGAAAUACCAUCGCGGUCGCUGCCCUAUGGGACCGAGGAUGCCAAGUCUCCUACUUAUGUUCCCUACUCUCCUCCAGUUGUCAGCCCCAAGCCAGUCAAGCCCGAUUCGGGAUCGAGCUCGGUGCGCAGCAUUUUGGAGGCGGAUCACGAGACGGGGUAUCCACCCGCGAAUCCGAUCCUCGCGCCUAGCUAUCAAGGGCCCGGCAUGACCUUUGAGAAGGGCGAGGAUGUUGCGACAUUCGAGACUCCAGCAUUGCCGACAGACGAGGAUCUUGAUGUCCUGCAAACUUGA